AUGGAGAAACAAGGACACUUGAAUAUUGCCGUAACAUCUCGGUCCAGUGUGGGACGCGGUCGUAUAGAUCCCAAGUCUGGGGUCAAACGAGGUCUCAAAGUUCGUCAUAUUUCUAUGAUGGCGCUUGCUGGUAUCAUUGGUCCGGGGUUGUUUAUUGGUAUGGGAAGCGCCUUGCAUGCUGGAGGUCCCGCUGGGUUGUUGGUGGGAUUUGCUAUCGUGGGACUUUUGGUAGUGGUGAUGAUGUUUUGCAUUGGAGAAAUGAACUCUUUAUUUGAUUUCAAUUUCAAUACCCAUGCUUCCCGGUGGGUGGAUCCAGCAUUUGGAGCUGCCCUAGGGUGGAACUAUGCGUUCUUGUGGGUAUGCAAUAUCAUCGCUGAGUAUGUUUCUGUGACAUCGGUGUUGUCGUUUUACAGUGAUAAAGUUCCCAUUUACGGCUACUACUUGAUAUUGUGGUUUUUCUUUUCCAUCUACCAGAUGUUCGGAGUCGAUGUCUUUGGCGAAGUUGAGUAUAUUUUGGCGUUCAUAAAGAUUCUUUUCCUCACAGGGUUCUAUUUAUUUGCGGUGAUCUUUGCUGCUGGAGGAGUGAAAGGUAAGUCCCCAGGAAACCCAUUUGGCGAGUUCCCCUUGGCACAUGGUUUCAAAGGUAUUGCCAACUCUUUUGUGUACGCGGGGGUUUUCUACACUGGAAUUGAGAGCUUGUCGAUCACUUUUCUGGAGCUGAAAAAUGUGAAAAAGUCCGUCAGAAGAGCGGUUCUGCAGUCCAUCUUCAGAAUUUUUUUCAUCUAUUUCGGCAUAACCAUUGCCUACGGUAUAACAGUCGCAUGGAACGACGAGGGUUUGUCUGCGGAUAAUAAAGUGAUGAGAUCUCCCAUGACCAUUGCAUUGAUAAAAGCCGGAUGGGCGAAUGCUGGUUAUUUCGUUACCACAAUAAUUCUCAUCACUUGUAUUUCCUCCAUCAAUAGCGCUGUCUAUUUCUGUGGGCGCUGUGUAUUAAGAUUGGCAGUUGAUGGCUAUGCUCCAAAGAUUUUGGCAAAAGUGAACAAAGCUGGUGUUCCAUAUGUGGCUACCAACACAGUUCAUCUUUUUGGGUUUCUUUCGUUGUUAUCGAUGCAAAGCAGCUCGGCGGUUGCUUACAGUUACAUCGUGGGUUUAGCAGGAGUGAGUGCUUUCAUUGUGUGGACAGGUAUAAUUUUUGCACAUUACAGAUUCAGAAAAGGUUGGGUAAGAGCUGGUAACCUGAUUAGUGACUUACCAUUCAAAAUACCUCUUUAUCCCUAUAUCAAUUAUUUUGGUAUUUUAUUGGGCUUGGUGUUGUGCUUGGUACAAGGAUGGACAGUGUUUGUUCCAUUCCAAGCCGGCCAAUUUGUUGAUUUGUACAUUAUGCUUCCUUUGUUCUUCGUCAUUUGGGGUGCCUAUAAAAUUUACUUGAAGAGUAAGUGGGUGUCUUACGAGGAUAUGGAUUUUGUGAGCGAAAGAGUGGAUUACGAAGAACAUACACCAAUCGAAGAAGAGAACUCUGAGCUGGAGUUGAGUUCCGAACCAAAGGACAGGAAAAAGACGUUAUGGAGCUUAUUGUGGAACUAUGUAUAA